CGAAAGAUAGAGAGAGAAGCUUUCGCAGCAAUCAAGCGAUCUCUGAAAGAUAAGGAGAGAGAAGCAGAGAACCCUAGUGAUGAGAGCGAUGGGUUAUUGCCAUUAGGGCAUCUGGGUUGUGUGCUGUACUUUCUUCUUUCUCCCACCCUUAUUUAACCCCACCUCUUCUCAUUUUUCCCAUUCCUCAACCCUUCUUUCCUUUUCGCUCUCUCUCUCUCUCUCUCUCUCUCUCUCUUACUUUGGCUCUUUCCAUUUCCUCGGGAUCUGAUGAUCUCUCUGAUAUUUGCCUCGACAACAAGAAGACAACUCUCUUUUGUUCGAGGCUUUUCAUCAGUUGAAUCUCAAUUCCCGAGGAAAUUCUCUCUCUCCCUCUCUCUCUCUCUCUCUGGUGUAUGUUUUCUUGUCCUUCUUGAACGAGGAAAAGUUACAGAAGAGUGACGAUAGCAAAAGCCAGCAAAAAGAAGCUUAAAAAGGGUCGUGGUAUUACAUCCCUGAGCUGAUAGCGAAGACACAUACGAGGUUUGGUUCGAUCCUGUCAUCAGAUCUGUUCACUGUCUUGCAAAGUUUCCUGGGAGAAAUAUGAAUUCCUUUUCACAUGUCCCUCCAGGCUUCAGAUUUCAUCCCACAGAUGAAGAGCUUGUAGAUUACUAUUUAAGGAAAAAAGUCGCCUCAAAGAGAAUUGACUUGGAUGUUAUCAAAGAUGUUGAUCUCUACAAGAUUGAGCCCUGGGAUCUUCAAGAGUUGUGCAAAAUAGGGACUGAAGAGCAGAAUGAAUGGUACUUUUUUAGCCACAAAGACAAGAAGUAUCCGACUGGAACUCGCACUAAUCGGGCCACAAAAGCUGGAUUUUGGAAGGCGACAGGAAGAGAUAAAGCUAUUUACUUGAAGCAUAGCCUCGUCGGCAUGAGAAAAACCUUGGUAUUCUAUAAAGGGCGCGCCCCGAACGGACAAAAGUCUGACUGGAUCAUGCAUGAGUACCGGCUCGAGACUAAUGAGAAUGGGACUCCUCAGGAGGAAGGAUGGGUUGUGUGUAGGGUUUUCAAGAAACGGAUCACGUCGAUGAGGAAGAUCUGUGAGUAUGAAUCACCAUGCUGGUAUGACGACCAAGUCUCCUUUAUGUCGGAGCUUGAUUCCCCAAGGGGGAUUUCUCAUCCCUACCCGACGUCCUACCACCACCAAUAUCCUUGCAAACAAGAGAUUGAGUUGCAAUACAAUAUGCCGCCGCAUGAUGCUUUCCUUCAACUGCCUCAAUUGGAAAGCCCUAAGGUUACUCAAUCAGCUCCGAAUAUCACUUGCAACUCAUUGAUGCCAUAUGCGUACGAUCGUAGCAGCUGCAGCAAUUUCCAGUCGUCAAAUCUCACACAAGAGGAGCACAUUCAGCAGAUUCACCACCUAAACAUGAACUCGCUUGUUGGGAACAUCCCGAGUGAGCAAGUGGCAGACCAAGUGACCGAUUGGCGUGUUCUUGACAAGUUCGUUGCGUCUCAGCUCAGCCACGAUAAUGCCCUGAAGGAAAACCACUACUCCAAUUCAUCAACUGUCUAUCAUGUUGGCGAGCAAGUGAGUAUUGAAUCCAAGAGGCCUGAGGUCCCACAGGAAUUUGCUUCAACAUCCACCUCCAGUUGCCAAAUUGAGCUGUGGAAGUGAAACAUUACACUAUAGAAGCUAGACAUACGAUACAUAUACUGAUCUUAGAAGGGGGCUGGACAUCACAUAAUUUCUGUUCACUGUACAUAAUAAAACUAAAAUGGUGUUGCUUGAAGCCUUUGACUAUAUAUAGCUAUGGGGGAAUGGGAAGGCUUUGUGAUAA